UUCCAAUCAAGGAUUCCAACAAAACAGGCUUACUGAUGUUCUGACUCUUUUGAGAAUCUCAAAUGCUAAUAAAAUUGAGGCAAACAGCCAUUGUUGCUGAACACAUACUUUCUCUCUCCUCCAAAAACCCAUUCACCCGCCAAUUAUAUCACACAACAUUCCCGCCAGUCCAAUCAAAACUAAGAGCCCUAUGCUCCAACGGUCAACUGCAGGAAGCUCUGCUAGAAAUGGCGGUUCAAGGUCUAGAAAUGAAGUUUGAAGGGUAUGAUACCAUCUUAAAUGAGUGUGUCAACAGGAAAUCUCUUAGAGAAGGUCAAAGAGUACAUACCCACAUGAUCAAAACUCAGUAUCUUCCACCAUUGUACCUCAGAACUAGGCUUGUUAUCUUGUAUUGUAAAUGUGAUUGUUUGGUUGAUGCACGCUAUGUGUUCGAUGAAAUGCCUGAACGAAAUGUGGUUUCUUGGACUGCUAUGAUUUCAGGGUAUUCACAAAAGGGGUUUUCUUCGGAGGCUUUGAAUCUCUUUGUACAGAUGUUAAGAUCAGGCACAGAACCCAAUGAGUUUACUUUCGCCACUGUUCUCCCUUCUUGUACAGGUGAUUAUGGGUUGGAUUAUGGAAGACAGAUCCACUCUCUUAUAGUAAGGUAUAAUUAUGAUUCUCACAUAUUUGUUGGGAGCUCGCUUCUUGAUAUGUAUGCCAAGGCCAGAAGAAUCCAUGAGGCUCGAACAGUAUUUGAUAGUUUAAUUCAGAGGGAUGUUGUCUCCUGUACUGCGAUGAUUGCAGGGUAUGCCCAAUUAGGUUUUGAUGAAGAGGCGGUUGAAUUGUUUCGCAAGCUACUGAAGGAAGGGAUGUGUUCAAAUUAUGUAACUUAUGCUAGUCUCCUGACUGCAUUAUCUGGACUUGCUGCUCUUGAUCAAGGAAAGCAAGUCCAUAAUCAUAUUUUGCGACAUCAGCUUCCAUCUUAUGUGGGUCUGCUGAAUUCAAUUAUUGAUAUGUAUGCCAAAUGUGGGAACCUUGUUUAUGCAAGAAGAGUUUUUGAUAGCAUGCCUGAAAGAACUGUCAUCUCAUGGAAUGCAAUGCUUGUGGGGUAUUGUAAACAUGGGAUGGGGUCAAAGGUGAUUGAACUUUUCAAAAUGAUGAGAGCAGAAGGCAAAGUCAGACCUGACAGAGUGACUUUCUUGGCCGUUUUAUCUGGUUGCAGCCAUGGUGGAAUGGAAGACACUGGACUAGAAAUUUUUGAUGAGAUGGUAGCACAGAAAGAUGCGCUUGAGCCGAAUAUAGAACAUUAUGGCUGUGUUGUUGAUUUACUUGGUCGUUCUGGGCGAUUAGAACAGGCUUUGAAGUUUAUUGACGAGAUGCCUUUUAAACCAACGGCUGCCAUUUGGGGAUCUCUAUUAGGUGCAUGCAAGGUUCACUCGAAUUUAGAUGUUGGAGAAUAUGUGGGUCGUCAACUUCUAGAAAUAGAGCCUGAAAAUGCUGGAAAUUAUGUCAUUUUAUCUAAUUUAUAUGCCUCUGCAGGCAGAUGGGAAGAGGUAAGAAAUCUGAGGGAAUUAAUGAAAGAAAAGGCUGUGAGUAAGGAGCCAGGAAGGAGCUGGAUUGAGCUUGAUCAAACUCUUCACACUUUCCAUGCUAGUGAUCGGUCCCAUCCUAGGAAAGAUGAGGUUCACACGAAAGUAAAGGAAUUGGCAGUUCGAUUAAAGGAAGCUGGUUAUGAACCUGAUCUUAGCUGUGUCUUACAUGAUGUUGAAGAUGAGCAAAAGGAGAAGAUACUUCUGGGACAUAGUGAAAAGCUGGCUUUAGCCUUUGGGCUUUUAAGUACUUCUGACGGAACCCCACUCAGAGUUAUAAAGAACCUCAGAAUCUGUGUUGAUUGCCACAAUUUUGCCAAAAUCAUCUCAAAGCUUUAUGGAAGAACAGUCUCUUUACGGGAUAAAAAUCGCUUCCAUCAUAUUAAAGGUGGCGUCUGUUCUUGUGGAGAUUAUUGGUGAUGUCCUGAAAGCGCUCUUGGUAGAUCUCAGUUUAUCUCCCUGCUUGAUGUCGUUGAAGGGCAACAUUGUGCUGAGCUUCAAUAUUUCAUAGAUUGACACAAUUCUUGACAGUGACAUGGGAACCAGAACAAUUUUUAUCAGAAAAAAUUUACUGGAAACAAUUAGAUUAACUAGAGGAAAAAUACAGGUGAUUUCUUCGGUAGAGUUAAGAUCAUCACUCGAGUAUGUAGGAAGUGUAAAAAUGCUUAGGGGUUUUUGGCAACCUUUUUCAAUCAAAUUUUAGGCAACUUAGCUCAAUCUUUUUGUAGCAUACAAGAUACUUGUAUAAAUGAUGAUGAGUUUAGCAUUAAGCCAUGUACUAAUGUACUAUGUAUUUUACACUUGAUUGAAUUUGCUUGUUCCCAGUUGCAAGCUGCAAUUUUUAGCCUAU